AUGAGCGCCGUCGUCUCGCCGUUCCACGAGCUCCCCGACAUCUUCGAGACCGGCGCCGCCGCCACCGGCAUGUCCAGAGCCUCCGUCGAGGAGAUCCCAAAGAUCGCCGUCACGGCGGUGAACUGCGUUGACUCUUGCGGGGAGAAGAUCUGCUGCUCCGUAUGCUUACAAGACCUGCAACCCGGCGAGAGCGUCAGGAGCUUGCCCCACUGCGGGCAUAUGUUCCACAUCCCCUGCAUCGACGGCUGGCUGCUCCGGCACGGCUCCUGCCCGCUCUGCCGGCGGGACUUCCAGGGCCUCCGCCCCGGCGCCGCCGGCGCCGCCGCUCCACCGCCGCCCACGGCGGUGGAAUCCCUGUAG